AGGGGGUUGAGAGGGGAGAGCAGAGCGAACCAGCCAGCUGAGGGUGGAGGGGGGGUGGAAAUCAGUUUGGUCUACAAAGAGCUGGGCUGGAGUGAAAAUUGGUUCCUAUUCUGAUUCGUGUCCUCGACUUAUUUGAUUUCGAUUUGAACACAUCUCAUGUGAUUCAGAGGGACAUACAUUCGACUGGGCUACUUAUAAUUCCUAAUUAUAUCUAUUUCACCAUGGCGACUGGCGGCGGAGCGGGUAACAAAACCUACUCUUUCAAGGUGGUUUUGUUGGGAGAGGGUUGUGUCGGCAAGACCUCGCUCGUGUUGCGCUAUUGUGAAAAUAAAUUCAACGACAAACACAUCACCACACUUCAGGCCUCCUUCCUCACCAAGAAGCUCAACAUCACAGGGAAGAGGGUGAACCUGGCUAUAUGGGAUACAGCAGGUCAGGAGCGGUUCCACGCGUUAGGUCCCAUCUACUACAGAGACUCCAACGGAGCCAUAUUGGUCUAUGACAUCACAGACGAGGACUCUUUCCAGAAGGUGAAAAACUGGGUCAAAGAAUUGAGGAAAAUGUUGGGGAAUGAGAUUUGUUUAUGUAUAGUAGGUAAUAAAGUAGAUCUGGAGAAGGAGAGACAUGUAUCAGUUGAAGAGGCAGAAGGGUAUGCAGAGUCGGUGGGGGCAAAACACUAUCACACAUCAGCCAAACUAAACAAGGGGAUAGAAGAACUCUUCCUUGACUUGUGUAAAAGAAUGAUGGAGACGGCCCAAGCAGAGGAGAGGGCGAAGGGUAACGGAGCCAGCCAGUCAACGACAUCACGAAGGGGGGUACAGAUCGUAGACGAUGACCCUCAAGCCGCCACGGCCGCGGGGGGCUGCUGCUCAUCCGCUUAACCCUCCACGUCCCAACUUACCCCCUCCAUGUCACAACUUACCCCCCAUGUCACAACUUACCCCCCACGUCCCAACUUACCCCACUUACCCC